AUAUUAUUAUUAUUAAUAAUAACAAUAAUACAUACUUUUAAAUAAUUACUACAACUAAGACUACUAGUACUACUUCUAAUAAUAAUGAUAAUAAAAUAAUAAAUUAACAUUAAUUAAUAACCAUAAAUAAGAAUACUAGUACGAACAAAAAUCAUAAUGAUAAUUAUGAUAACAAUAUUCCCGAUGACAGCUGGGACAGCCUCCAGCCUUUUACCCUUGGGCACAUGAUCAGUUGAAUCAUCAUUUUUCUUUAUUAUCGCCAUAAUAAUAAUAAUUCAUAAAAGCGUUUAACAUAUUUGAUAUUAAAACUCAUAUUAAUAACAUUUCACCGUGGUAAUAUUUUUUUAUAUGGAGUGCCGCUGCAAAUCAGUUGGUGGCAGUAUGUUCAUUUUGACGCCAUUCAGCAUGAAUUUGAACAAAUGAACAAGACGUGCAGGGCUACACUUAAGAAGAAGAGGUGUUCUCUGGAUCCGUGCGACCGACUGCGUGAUGAGAGAUAACGGGAGACCAUGACUCAUUUUCGCGGUCAGAUUCGGGGACCACACUGGGGCCCUACAAUGGACACCAUGCUGAUAGAUUUCUGGCGCAGACACGAAUGCCUCUUUAACUCCUCGGUCGAUUCUUACUACGACAAGGAUUUGAAAGCAAAACUGUGGGCAGAGUUCGCGUUGUCCAUCGGAAAGCCUGUGUCAGAUGUCGAGAGAAGGUCGAGAUCUCUGCGCACUCAGUAUGGCAGGGUGUUGUGGCAUCCUGAAAAGGUCAGCACUGUCCAGCAGAAAAAGCUGAGGGAGAAGCUUGACUUCUUGAGGCCUUACAUCGUUCGCAGACGGGGUGAUUUUUGUCUGGACGAAACGUUUGUUGAUCAGGGGGAGGACGAUGACGAAUUGGAGACGGAAGGGAGCACCGAUCAGGAGAUGGGGAGUUUGUUCUGGAGCACGCUGGAUGCUGACGUGACUGGGGAAGAUCUGGAUGAUGAAUCCCGGUCUGUCGCCUCUGCCCAGCUGCACUGUCCAAACCCACGUACUCAGUGCACAGAGGUCAUGUCUCUGAGCUGUCCACGCUGUCACGAUGAAGAAGGCCGUCCUCAUCAACACGCAGCUGCACCCAGCACGUCCAAACACGACACACUGAACCAGUUCACAGAGGUCAUGUUGGCUGAUAUGCGGCAGAUUCAAGACCCCAUGGUGCUCAUGAGACUACGGCGAGACAUCACCGACCUGGUGUUCAAAGCAGUGGAGGAGGACGUGCAGGGCCGAUGCAUUCGAGCACCACCUACACCUGUCGUUGAGGACAGCGCACAGAGCCGCUCCAGCCCUCGACGGCCACAUUCACAGACCGAUGUCUCUUUGAGGCAGAGGUUUGUGAGGAGAAUGAACACAGGGUGUGAGGCUGGAAGGAGGGUGCAGAGAUGGGAGGAUGUGAAGCACAUAAGGAGAGUGUCCAGGAGUCAGUCAUCUCAAGCCAGCCAACAUGGUCAGGUGGUGGAGCGGAUGAGUGGAAACGGCUCUCAUUUUACUGUUCAGACUUUUGAAAUCAAGAGAGAGACAGAGCCGCACACAGUUAAGCUAGAGGAGGAGCCACUACCACUUGCGUAAAAUGUUAGUCAGUGCAAUUUUAUUAAUAUAGCGUCAAUAACAUCCCUGAUUGUCUCAAGACAAAACUGUUAUUAAGGGACUUAAAGACACCUAAGUUAGAUCCAUUUCUUUUCUCAGUCUCUCUCCCCACUUCCUUGCACAGGCCGAACUCACGUUAUUUCCCUGGGGAUACGGGUGCCACCAUCUUGUGAGCUUGGAGCCAGAGUCUGAUCAGUACGGUCCGAGAGUGGAACUGUGCAGAGCCAAGAUAUCGAUGACCCGAACACACUUCCUCCAGAUCAUUCGUGUUUUUGUUUGAUUAAUACUAUGUCUCCCUCCACCAAUUGCAAGGAAAUGUUGGCUUAUAUACUAAAUUUAUUUCAAAAAAUAGUUUUUACAACUCUGGAUCGGGACCACCAGAGCGGUUGCCAUGGCAAUUGGUGGUCCCCAUAAUGUCACAUCUUGUUUCUAUAGCAUCAAAUAACUUGAACAUUCAUUAACAUUAUAUUAACCACCAAACCACCACUGCAGUCAGCCACAAGGGGAGCUCUACUUGCGUUGGCUACACUUUAGAGGAGCAGUUCUGCUAUUCAUAUUUAUACUGUCUGUGGUCUUUAUCCAAAGUAUGGAAAGUGCUGGAGGACGUUGAUUUAGAAACUGGGCAGCCUUCCAAGUGUGACCAAAUCCUGUGCUAAAAGAACAAGACACUGGGUGAUGUGUCGCCUCAAGUAAAUGUUUUGUUUAUAUUGUGCUCUCAUUAAAGAGGAAAUACCUG